AUGGGUCUCUUCGGUCAUCUGGGGUUGUCGGAUACCCCCAAGGAGAUAUUCAACUAUCGUCUCUUUUGGUCCGUUGGGGUGUUUGGCAUCCUCGGAGCGGGCAGAGGAAUCGACGAAGGCCUGGUCGGUGGUAUGAUAUCACUUAAGAGCUUCAAAGAUGAAUUCCCAUUGGAAGUCGGUACUGCUUCCGAGAUUGCCAACCGCGAAUCGAACAUAACAAGCAUGGUCCAGCUUGGCUCUAUAGGUGGCGCUCUGUUAGCUUUUGUUCUGUGCGACCGAAUCGGCCGCGUGAGAUCCCUCCAGGCUCUGACUUUCCUUUGGGCUAUUGGCUUCGUCAUUGUCGUGACUAGCUUUGGUAACAUUGGGCAAAUCCUCGCUGGUCGUUUGAUUGCCGGACUAGGCGUUGGUAUGACCACUGUGGUUGGCCCGACGUAUUUGGCAGAGGUUGCUCCUAAAGAGAUCCGUGGUAUGCUGACCAACAUCUUUGCGGGUGCUGUAUAUCUGGGCGUGAUGAUUGCGUACUUUGCAAAUUGGGGUUGCUCGGAGAAUAUAUCCGACGCUUCUCGUUCGCAAUGGGUGAUUCCGCAGGCAAUUCACAUUAUGUUUGCAGGUGUCAUCUUCCUUGCCUCCUGGACUGUUCCAGAAAGCCCACGGUUCCUCGUCAUGAGAGGAAAGCACGAACAAGCUCUCAAGAAUCUGUGUACCCUGCGUCAACUGCCUAGUGAUCACCCUAGUAUCAUGUCCGAAAUCCUCGACAUUCGUGAUCAAUUAGGCCACGAGCAGGAAAGCACCAGGGGAUCUUCACUCUGGGGCAAACUGAAAGAGCUAGUCACAAUCCCAGCUAAUCGCUAUCGCUUGAUGUUGGGCGUUAUGUCGCAAUUGCUUGGACAAUGGUCGGGUGCCUCGGCUAUUACCAUUUACGCUACCAGCUUCUUUGCUGCGCUUGGUAAAACCGGUCAAAGUGAAAAGUUAUUCGCCACCUGCAUCCUCGGUGUCGUGAAGUUCUGCUCCGCGUACAUUUGCGCGUUCUUCCUCAUUGAUUUCCUCGGCCGACGCCGUUCCCUUUAUACCGGCAUCAUCUUGCAAACUCUCUCAAUUUGUUAUAUCGCAAUUUACAUGGCCAAAGUCCCAGCCUCAGCCCACGUUUCAGAAACCAGUGAGAUCACCGGAUCUGCUAGGCGUGCAGGCAUCGGCGCAAUCGCGGCUAUCUACAUUUCCGGCUUUGGCUGGGCCAUCGGCUGGAAUUCAUUCCAGUACUUGGUUAAUGCAGAGAUCUACCCAAGUCGGCUGCGUGCCCUGGGUUCUUCAAUCGUCAUGUGCAUUCACUUUGCCAAUCAAUUCGGAAACACCAAAGCAGUCCCAAGUAUGGUGCUUGCCAUGACGAACUACGGCUUUUUCGUUUUCUGCACUGCGGUUUGUGUCCUUGGCUUGACUUGGGUCUGGUUCUUCGUUCCGGAGACUGCAGGUAGGAGUCUUGAGUCGAUGGAAGAGUUGUUCGCACUCCCAUGGCAUCAAAUUGGUCGCCAUGGGAAAUCCCUUUCUCCGGUUGGUGAUGGCCUCUUUGCUGAGGACCCGGAGAAAUCCCGCGCCAUUCACCAAGAGUAA